GAGGUUGGCAGCACUGGUUUGCAGUGCGCACGUUUUGUUUAGAUUUUAUUUGCAAUGGAUGUUUUUAAUAAUCGCCCCGGUUUUUGUCCAACUUGUGGAUCAAUUUUACCACCUUUGCAAAUGAAAGGCAACGUAUUAUGCUACAACUGCAAACAGGAGUUCGAUCCAGAGGUUUACAGUGGCGAAAAAUCGGAAUAUACUAUACAAUUUAAUACGUACGAUCCCAGCAAAUUGUUAAGGAAAGGAAAGCGCGAAUCGGAAUCUGAAGAAGCCGGUGGUCCUGUGGUGGAGCGAAAGUGUCCCAAGUGUGGAAACGAUAAGAUGUCCUAUGCCACUUUACAACUACGCUCGGCGGAUGAAGGACAAACUGUGUUCUUCACAUGUCUCAAGUGCAAAUUUAAGGAAUCGGAGAAUUCCUAGGUGUUUAAUCUUAGCUGUUAACUAAAUGUAUAGAUACAAAGAUUUAUAAUUAAUGGAAAUAACUAUGACCGACGGCCUGCAAAUAUAGAUGUAAACAAAGAGAGAUUUA